AUGACACCAGCAUCACCCGCGCCACGGAUAGCCUUCCUCGGCCCAUUGGGAACAUAUUCGCACCAAGUCCGUACCUGUCUACACUACGGCCUUACUAGCGCUUGCGAAGCCACGUCAUUGACCGGACGGAGUUACGGAAGGGAAACACCGAACAUGGGCUGAUGCGGCCUCGUGUCCGACUUCCGACAGGCUACGACAGAAUUCUUCGGUGAUGACUGUAAAUUUGCACCACAAGAACGGAUUAUAGGUACGUUUCGAGCGAAAGCCCCUGUGUUGUCAUGGUCCGAGCUCUCAUCCUCCAUGGUUCGCAAUCUACAGACGUCUUUUCAAACGUUGCAUCAACCUCGGCUUCGUAUGGUAUUGUACCCAUCGAGAACUCAUCGAUUGGGAUUGUGCAUGAGACGAUGCAGGCGUUACGGACGACCGAAUUGAGCGUGCGAGGAAUGAUCGGCCUUAAAGUGGGGCAUGCGCUGUUGAGCCGACCUUUCGCUAGUGCUGAGGACAGCAAUUUGUGGAACCUUUCUGGUGAUGAAGAGAAGAGGAAGAGAUAUAAACGAGUCUACAGUCAUGAACAAGUGAGUGGAACCUCCUCCGGGACUCGAGGUCACGUGUCCUGGUCAAGUCUUCUCUGACUCUCCCACCCCCCCCACUCUCGGGUUCGGCACCUCUCAGGGAAUCGGUCAAUGCGUAUCCUACCUUCAUACCAACUAUCCGGGAGCUCAAGUCAUUCCGGUCAAUUCUACAGCGCUGGCGGCACAAAAAGUCCUCCAGGACCCUCCCGAAGAAUCGCUGGCGAUCUGUUCCAUCAAAUGCGCCGAGGUGUAUGGGCUGAGGGUCGUCGAUAGAGAUAUUCAGGAUGGUGGGAGUGGUGAGUCAUCUUGCAUGCGAUUUCUGGAGUCCGUGGAGCCUGUUUUUAACCCUGCUCUUUCAUCAUGUCGGCCAUCGUUGGAACAGCCAACACGACACGCUUUGUCGUUCUCUCGUUGGGGAGCACCCCUCUUCCGGAACCAUAUCCGAUCGCACCCCAUCUGAGAGGGUACACUGGCGAUGCCAAGCCAUGA